AUGUCCCAAUCAAUUCCCAAAACCACCAAAACUUGGAGAAUCGAAGGAUCAAACGGAUUCGAUAGCUUGAAAUAUGAUACUCAAGCUACACUUCCAGAAUUGGGUGCGAACGACGUUCUUGUGAAAUUUCACGCUGCUUCAUUGAACUACAGAGAUUUGAUAAUCCCCAAAGGCCAAUAUCCAUUUCCACUUAAAGAUGGUAUAAUUCCCGGCUCCGAUGGUGCUGGCGAAGUCCUUGCUGUUGGAUCAAAAGUAACUCGAUUUGCCCCCGGUGCCAAGGUCCUUACUCUUUUCAGUCAAACUCACUAUGGUGGUUCGCUCGAUCAUUUAUCUAUGCAAAGUGGCUUGGGUGGUGCCAUGGAUGGUACACUUCGUCAACACGGUGUCUUUAACGAAAAUGGGCUCGUAGACAUGCCUUCUUCCCUUUCAUACCUCGAAGGAGCAACUCUGCCAUGUGCAGCCGUCACAGCCUGGAAUGCUCUAUAUGGAUUAAAGCCGCUGAAACCCAGUGAUGUGGUUCUCACGCAAGGAACUGGUGGUGUUAGUAUAUUCGCUGUUCAAUUUGCCAAAGCAGCUGGAGCAACCGUAAUUGCCACAACCUCCUCCGAGUCAAAAGCUUCGACACUCAAAAAACUCGGUGCCGAUCACGUAAUAAAUUACAAAACCACUCCAGAAUGGGGUGCACAUGCCAAAUCCCUUACUCCCAAGUCCGCUGGCGUAUCGCACAUUCUCGAAGUCGGCGGUCCAACUACCAUGGCACAAUCUCUACGAGCCAUCAAGAUCGACGGCGUUAUCAGUAUAAUUGGAUUUGUGGGCGGACAAGCAAAAGAAAAGGAGCCAGGGUUCUUGGACUGUUUGACAAACGUCUGUACCGUUAGAGGCUUGCUAGUAGGAAGCAGAGAGAUGUUCGAGGAUAUGAACAGGGCAAUUGAUGCAAACGAAAUCAAACCAGUGGUCGACGAAAAGGUAUUCGGACUGGAUGAGCUUAAAGAGGCUUAUCAAUACAUGUGGGAUCAGAAACAUUUUGGCAAGUUGGCCAUCAAAAUCGAGUAG